GUAAAUAACCCCAAAAAUGACCCUCAAACCAAAGAUAGGCUUCCUAGAUCUUCCUGCAGAAAUACGCAACGAAAUUUACGCACACCUGAUUGAGGAUGUGGAUACCAAUGUCGGCCCAAAGACCAUUCGCCUGAGGCUUCGAACCGAGUUUUCAAGCCAUUGGAGGAAGAAAAAUCCGCACCGUGGCGAGGUCUAUGCCUUGAACCAAUGCUGUCGUACGACAAGGCACGAAUUUGGCCCACUCUAUGUAUCGCACAUCGCCCACCGCAUCCGUGUCGAUGAGCAGCUCCUGUCUAGAUUCCUGAAAGACUUCUUCCUUAUUGAAGAAAGUGAAGAUGGCUUCGCGCUGAGACCAAAAAAGAUCGAAAUCGAGCUCGCAUACCCCCUCGGAGGCGAACCACCACGUCUUAACAUCCUCCCGCUCCUGUCUAUCUUUCUCGGCAACAAGGACCUGCAAUGCACCUUCCUAAACAAAUUCGGGCCCAUGCCAGAACUGGAUGAUAUGUUCUGGGGUCACGCUGUCGCGUGGGGCGAUGCAAUCCUUGACGACCUCUUGGAGAUUCUGCUGCACACGCCACAUGGGACUACGACGAUCGUGGACUUGGUGUUUCGCGAGGACGCGAAGCUGGACUUUAUUGGGGAUGUAUCAAGACGAAGAGGGCAUGCGCCGCCGAGUAUGCACGGGUAUUUGAAGCAGUUAGGGGUUGUGGAUGUUGAUGUUUGGGAUACGAGGAUGGGUGUUUGGAAUCAGCAGGCUAGAGUGGAGUUUGUCGUGUGUAAGCGCACAGAUGAUGAUGUAAAGCGAGGGCCGAAAGUGAGAGGGAAGGCGUUUGAGACGCAGUAUCGACUGGUAGAGGUGUAGGUGAGACAAAUAAGAGUCAUUAGAUUUGUUUUCAUUGGCAUCUGGUAUCUAGUGACUGAUGUACUGGUACAACACGAG